AUGGUGUUUAUGUGCAAGAAGUGCAAGAAGGCGUUCCGAAAGGACAUGUCCAAUUACGAGGAGAGUGAUGAAUUCUGUCCUCAUUGUGAUAAUCAUUAUGUUAUCGAGGCCAAAACGCCGCAAGCUGUCCUCGGAGUGGAAGGCGAAGAUGCCAGAGUUGACGCAAGGAUGAUAAAGGAUGACCGUGUCAAGCCAGUCCAACAUGCUCGUUCUGCAUUCCUCAUAGACGACGACGACCUCGCAGAUCGUAUAGGAUGA